AUGGCGUCUGAGGCCGGCUCCACGGAGCUGGCUGUCAGUCCUGCGGGGCCUGCUGCUGCCCCUGACUGUGCCAGGACACGCUAUCCUCGGUCGCUCUUCCGUUACACUCACCAGUUUGAACUUUCCUAUUUUUCUUUCAGACAACCUAUCCAGAACCCAUGUCGUCAGACGAAUCCUUUGUUUCAGUCCUGGUUCCGGUUCCUGCUUCUACUUUGUCUUGUGGUCUUUGUCUUGUGUUACGCUCUUUCCAACAGCUCUGUGUCAUGGCAGACCAGCCUUUCACUCCAAAGACACUAUAAAUGGCAUUUCAGUGACAACAACAAAGUUUACAUGCCUCCUUAUCGGGUCCAUCCAAAGCACAGGGACAUACUCAAUGAAAUCCAGACAACCACAGAGCCUUCUACUGCACAGCCUGUAAAGACUCAGUACCACCAAGCCUAUCCACGCAACUACAACUUCAUAAUGGAUAACAAGGAGGUCUGCAAACAGAACCCUUUCCUGGUCCUCAUGGUGCCAGUGGCACCAAAUAAUGUGGCAGCUCGGGAUGCAAUCCGGCAGACAUGGAGCAAGGAGAGCUUGGUCCAGGGUGAGGUGGUGAUCACUUUGUUCAUGUUGGGUCUCUCUAAAGGAGGUGAUGUUGGCAAACUACAGCAAGAGAAUGCGCAGUACCACGACCUAAUCCAGAGCGAUUUCAUGGACUCUUACAUCAAUCUGACCAUCAAAACCAUGGUGAUCAUGGACUGGCUGGCCACACGUUGCCCCACAGCAGCCUACGCCAUGAAGGUUGACUCCGACAUGUUCCUGAACAUUGACAAUCUGGUGAUCAUGCUGCAGAAGCCAGGCAUCCCCACAACGAACUACCUGACAGGAAUGCUGAUGACGAACAGGCCAGUCGUCCGAUCAAAGAACUCCAAGUGGUACGUCUCUGAGGAGCUGUAUCCAGAUCCUCAGUACCCGACCUACACUUUGGGCAUGGGAUACGUCUUUUCGAAUGAUCUCCCAGAGAAGUUUGUGGAGGUCUCAAAAUCAAUCAAGCCUUUUAACAUUGAGGAUGCUUAUAUUGGAAUGUGCAUGAAAAAGCUGGGAUUUACGCCCACGUCACCACCAGAUCCCUCCCAGUUCCAGGCCUAUAACGCAAAAUAUAAUCGCUGUCAAUUCUCCAAAGUCAUCACCUUCAUUCUUGGUUCUUCACAAGAAUUGGUGAAUUACUGGACAGACUUAAAGAAGCCUGGACCUCCUUGUUAGGACAAUAAGAUGCACCUAGAAAUAACUUAGUGGCGGGUCUUUAACUUAUUUAUGUAUUUCUACUGUACUGGAAAAACAAGUCCACUUUUUGAUUUUGUGUAUUUUAAAGGGACUUCUGAAGGGAAAGUUCACUGAUUCAGACAUGUGGAGCAAAGUGCAAAUGAAAAUAAGUUAAAGCAAUGGUACCAUUUUGACCACUGCUGGAUCUGUAGAACAGCGUUUUUUAUGAUCGUGUUGCAUGUAUUUUUGCACUUGCAUGUGCACAAAGGGUGGACAUGCAUGCCAUUAACACUGGGGUGCCACAAUACGUGUUUCUGCUAAAUGUACUGUGUAAUAAUGCUGAAUUUAGGUCAGAUUUUAAAAAAACAAACAAACAGUAAAAGCAACAAGAAAAAAUUACACAAAAAUAAUGCAGCCAGUUCAAUAUAAAGACUUUGCAACUGUUACGAAGUAGGACAACACUUCAGUCUGUCUGUGAUGUCUUAUGGGUGAGAAGGAAUGUCGUAUUUUGUGCUUACAAUGAACAAUCCUGAAGUUAAGCAACAAUGAAAGCAGGUCAAUGUAUACAGGCAGAAAGGGCUUUUAUGUUUAUUUUUAAUUUUUUUAUUAAAGCAGCUCAACUACUGAAUAUACCUCAGAAAUGUAUUUGUACAAAUGCCACGCAAAUCUUGCUGUUAAAUGAUGUUGUUUUUACUUCAUUGCCCUUGAAUUUUUUAUUAUUAUGUCCAUUUUUUCCCUCAAGAAGCAUAUUACUCAUAGUUGGAGGUAUGGGAAGGGUCAUUAAGAUGAACACUGCUGACUAGUAAUGUGGGGUUCUCUGAAGCCUUUACAGAGUAUGUUACAUUUUUAAUAUAUUAAUGCAAUACUCAUGUCCCCAUGUACUUUGAAAGUGUUAAUAACUGCUGAAAUUCUGUACUACAAUCAGUACGUUUACAUGAGACCUUUAAUUCCUCUUUAGUUUGGAAUUAAAGUUAAUCUGCUUUAAAAUCUCCUUGUAAACACUUAAUUCUGAAUUUAAAAGUUAAUUCCAAAUAAACUACCUGGUUUAUUCAGA